AUGCAAAGUCAUAACAUGAAUUUCAAUUAGCCACCACCUCUUCCCAUACCUUUAAUGAAUUAAUCAGGGUACCACAGUCAAUAAAGGACUCCAAGUGCAAGUUUCAGAGUAAACAUCCUUUAAGAUGGAAUGAGGAUACAGAUACCUUAGCCUUAAAAUAUUUAAUAGUUCAAUAACAUUUACCGUGAAAAGACAAACAAGAAAAAGGAUAUGAAGAACUUUACACUUAGAUCAUUUCUCUUAAAGAAAUCAAUUAAAACAAAAAUUAAGGAUGAUUCUUAUCUGCAAAUAUCUUUUAAGACUGAUGCUCUUAUAGAUUUCUUCCUCAGAAUAAAUGUGAUAGUAACAGAGAAGAAAGAUAUGUAUGGAAACACCCAAGCAAUGUUCACACCUGACUCUAAAAAUUAUGUGAUAGAAAAAUAUAUUAAGAAAGGAAUGGGAAUUGAAAGUGGAUUUGAAGAAGUUUAAUUUAAUUUGGCAGCUUUGGUAGCAUACCAGGAUAAAUUAUUCAAGAGUAAUGGGAAUGAUCAUCCCAUAGUAUUUAGCUUAUACUACACUUAUAAUGGAAAAAACAUAAGUUCAGUAAACUACGGAGUUUUUACAAAGGAUGAUAAGAAAACUAUAAAUGGUAUUAGCAUAGAAUAAUAAAUUAUCAUUAUAAAUGGAAAGCCUUUUGAAAUGAAGAAUAUUUAUGGAAUCAACGAGACUGAAACAGCAACUCCAGCUUCAGAUUAAGCAAUUGAAGGAGUGGCUGAAGAUGAGUAAGGAAAAGAAUGCCUGAUUUGUUUGGCUGAAGAAAGAAGCAUUAUUAUAAUGCCUUGUGGACACUUAUGCGUUUGCAAUGACUGUGCUGAUAAAAUGUUUCAAAAAAAUUAUACAUGUCCAAUAUGUAGAGGUAAAAUAGUAUCAUUAGUUCCAUUUGAAAUGAGUAAAAAGAAGAAAAGAUGA